GGGAAGCAGUAGCUAGUGCUGAUGAGAAUGGAACACAGAGAUGUAUUGUAAUCAUUGAACUGGACCAGCAGUUGUGUGGUUAUAAUACACUGUCUUAUUGUUAGUUUGUCAGAUGAUGUUAGACUUGGAGGACAUUUAAAAAUUUGACAGACUUUGAGCUGAGAUGUAAGAAAAGUGAACAACUAGAAAGAACCCCCUACAACAUGGAUUUCUACUUUGUUACUGUUGUUGUGUUAGCUUCUGCUUUGACUGUACAAUCCUGCCCUCCCCAGUGCCAGUCCUGUUCUGGAGCCACAGCUGAUUGUAGGAGCAAGGGCCUUAGAGACAUUCCACGAAAAUUUCCAAGUGACACAGUUACUAUAGACCUUACAGAAAAUCAACUCACAGACAUUCAACAGGGUGAUUUCCAAGGACUGCCUAAUGUACAAAACCUCAGACUGUCCAGAAAUGGACUCAGUGCCAUAGCACCAAGAGCUUUUGGAAACUUAGAACAGCUUAUGAGUCUGGACUUGUCCUUGAAUCCAAUCACCAGAAUUCAUGACAAAGCAUUUGAAGGUUUAUCACAUUUAAGGUCUCUGACAUUGACCAAUACAAAACUUCGUCGGAUUGGGAAACCCUUCAAUGAAAUCCCAAAUGUGAGUACUUUGUACCUUGGCUACAAUCAACUUGAACAAAUUGAAGAGGAUGACUUUGAAAUGACAACACGUGUACGAAGCAUAGAUCUCAGUGUCAAUCGUAUUCAAUCAAUCCAUCCCCGAGCAUUUGAAAACCUUCCUUACCUUAGAUACCUCAUACUAAAGAACAAUCCUAUUGUGGAGGCUAAAGGUCUAAGAUUUUCUUCUAGCAUGUUACAGCUAGUGGACUUUUCUCAGUGUGACCUGGAAAGUGUGCCUGGCCCAAUGCCUUCCUCUGUUGCAGACUUGCGUCUAAGCAACAAUAAGAUCACAAAAAUUAAGGCAACAGAUUUUGAGAACAACACCAAUCUACAGCUUCUUACCCUUAAUGAGAACAUGAUUUCAGAUGUUGAGUACACAGCUUUUGCAACCACUAGCAACUUGCAAGAACUUUGGCUUAACAACAACAAGUUAACAAUGAUCCCUAGAGGUCUGCCCAUAGCACUAGAAAAACUUUACAUGGAUCAGAACGAAGUCCAUGAUAUUGAAUCUGGACUUUUUGGCAAAGAUGCCAACUUGGAGACACUAUCAUUGAACAUGAAUGCUGUUCGCCAAAUUCUGAGUAAUUCCUUCUCUGGAUUACAAAAUUUGUCCAAUAUCUAUCUCAAGGGUAACAACAUCCAAGAAUUAGUCAGUGGAACAUUUACUGACAUGUCUAGUUUGAAGGAAAUUGACUUAUCUAACAAUCCUCUAAAAAGAAUUCAAUCCAAAGCUUUCAAGGACUUGCCAAGUCUGCAUGACUUGCAAAUGUCUUACCAGGAACAAAGUGAUGUCACAGUGGCUGAUGAUUUUCUUUCUGGUAUUCAAAAUGCCAAAUUCCUGCAGUUUAUGAAUAGUCCAGGAAUGGCGAAAAACUUUUUGAGAUUGAUUGAAAACAGUGGCCUAACAUUUCCCUCCAUAAAAGUGAUCAAUCUAGAAUAUAAUGAACUGAAUACUUUACCAUCUAACCUGAAAAAUGCCUUAGUCAAUUUAGAAAUGAUGACCUUGGAUGGUAACCCCCUGCAGUGUGACAGAAGGCUUUUAUGGUUGUGGGAAUGGAUGAAGGUAUCCAGUGUUAAGUUCUAUAGCUUUGAGGCACCAAUCUGUGCUGGACCAAAGGAAGUCAAAGACCGUGAACUGCAGAGUCUUCUAUCAAGUGAAUUUACAGAAGCACCUGAAACAACGGAGACAAACUCCAGGCCCCCAGCACAACCAGAGAUCAGUACCCAGAGGAGAAAGACCACAGGGAAGCAACAGGAUAACAAAGUAAGGCAGAACACAGACUCCACAACAGGGGCAGUCACAGCCAAGCAGGAGAGAGUUCAAGGUUCAAAGAUCAACGGAGAAAUCAAGUCCACAGGAAAUUCUGCCAGGAAAACUACAGGUAAAAAGCCUUCAGGGAAUAAGAAACAAAACAAAAAGAACAAAGAAAGAAAGAAAAAGAGAAACCCCAACAAAAGAACCAAGAACAGAAAACGUAAUAAGAAACGGGGUAAGAAGGGGUCAAAGAGGGGAAAGAGAAAAAUUCCCAGAAAGUGCAGCAAGCUGCCCACAGGUGAAAGGAGGUGCUGUCGUAGGCUUAAAGAUGGUACAGAGAGAUGCAAAACCCUUAAGCCUAGAGUUAGAAAAACCACCUUACGAAAUCGCAAAACACGUAGGACACGAAAGCGAAACACAAGAGCUCGCAAAACUGCAUGAGAAACUUUUGUGACUUUGUCCAGUGUGCAUGACUGCUAGCUUAUAUCUCUAGAUUUCCUUGAUCUGUGUAAUGUUCAGGAGAAAUAACUAUAGUCUUUGCACGUUGUACUUGGAUUUGAUCUGCAAUGCAGUUCACUUACAGUUCACUUACAAUGUUUUUGUGUUGAUUAUGAGGCAUGUUAAAAAAAUUGGGAUUUUUUUCCUCCCCUAA